AUGAUGGACGAUGACAACACAGAGGAAACACCGCUUCUCCCCACCAGGGUGACGUGGGCGCCUGUGGAGACACCCACGUUCACGGGCAUCGUGCCGGAGGUUGAUGUGGAUGAGAGCACAGAGCGUCAGGAGCAGCCGCCAGGACCGCCACCGCGAUCCCUCAUUCCAGACAUCCCAAACUACAAACACGUCUCCUUCACAAAGAAACGCGUGUCGCCGACAGAGUGCUCUGUGGAUCCGGCAGUCACACAACGACAGCUGCCCACCAUGGACAUCCUGCAGAGAAUACCGCCGGAGGAAGCGCGUGCAUAUCUGCUGGCUGAGGUCAACACACACUGGUGCUGGGGGACGGGACCUGUUGAGGAGUUUACAUUCAUCCACGCAGACGCCCGUCACGCAUUCAAGUACGAACUCAACACACAUCAGGAGCAGCGCAGUGUUCGCUGGCACAUUGAACCAUUCACAGGGGAUGCUGUGGAUGGUCCUGAGAACGGCCCUGCUCCGUCGCCGUGGGAGGUGCACGUGCCGACCAAACGCCAAUUCACGGUGCGCCGAAAUGGCGAUGGUCAUGGUGGCAUCGAUUGCAGCGCUGAUGAUGAGGGCAUUGCUGGAGCGCUGAUGAUGAGGGCAUUGCUGGAGCGCUGA